CUGCUGCCCUGCUGUUUUUUUUUACACAGUCGCCAAGAAAAUCAAGAAAGAGAGAGCGGUAAUGUCUGACAUUAUUUUUAGAGAAACACUGCCUCCUAGCGAUGAUUUAUGUGUAAUUACAGCUCAAAAGUCAUGAUUUAAAUCACAGUAAAAUUACAGUAUGUUGAUGUUGUUAGCUGGUGAAGUAGAGAAGUUAUGUCGUAAAGAACAUACGUUUAGCAUCUCCUUUGUAAAUAAAGGAGUUUUACAGAUAAUACGAAUAAGGAAAGAGGUUUUCAUACGUCGUAUUACGUCAUUCAUAUUUUGUCUACAUAUUUGUCGUUCUGACUAAAAAAACAGACUUCGAGUUUUAGCUUUUUGGCUUUAAGGCUACAUGUGACAUAUUAUUUAGAGGUUUACACGGUUGUAUCAAAUAAAGACGGAGCAGCUGAGACUUUAGAUUAAACCCAAAAAAGUGAAGUACAGUAGUCACUGUGAUAUUUUAUUAUAAAAACUGAGUGAAAACCCAGUGUAUUCACAGCAACUACUUCAUUAAAAGUGAGUGUAGGUCACAGCUUCGUUUUACUGUAACCUCCUCCUGUCCCUGGUUCACGUGACACAGCUCUGGUCCUGAUGCUGCUCAUACCGGCUCCAUCUAUGAGGAGCAAUUAGUGCCACAAAACGUGGAAAAAGGUGAAGACGAGCAAUAGUUUUGAACUAUUUUCUUUUAAGAAUUCUGUCAAUAAUGUACAGCUAACAUUUAUGUAUUCGUUGAUAGUACUUUUGGCGAACAAAUUUCUUUUGUUUUCUUGUAUUUAAGAUUUGGCUUCUUUGAGCUUUUUUGUUAUGGUCAACCUUUGUGUCUUCAAAAAACUAAACUAAAAUAAAAUCCUUAUUACUUAAUACCGUUAUUCAUAACUGCAGUAGUACACCUUCAAUAUUUAAACAAAGUGACAAAGACAUCACAAUAUGAACACACGCAGCUUCAAUUUCCUCUUUCUGCUCGUCUUGUGGCACUAAUCUUCCUCCAUACAGAGACGCGCAUCAUCGCUGCUGAUGUGGAAAUUCCGCUUCACUGCCAUUUAAAAAGGAACAGCGAGAGCACAGGGUCCGCGAUAACCGCAACAAAAACUAAAAAAAUGUAAAUUUCUCUGUGAGAGAGUUAUUUUUUAAACAAAAGAGAGAGAGAAGAAGAACAAGUGCGUGUGCGACUGUUGAUUUUUGUAAAUGGGAAAUCUGUUGGGCGGCUGGCGUUUCAAGGAGCCGAGCACCGUGGAGGAAUGCGACUCGACGUGGGGGUCGGACUCUGAGAGCGACGAGCCGCCGGCGGCUGAAGAUGACAGCGGUAUCUUCGACCCCCUCGGUCCGCCAGAGAGCGAGCGGUUCCCGGCAGAGCCCGGAGCCACGUCCCCGCAGCUGACAGACUCCCCAGAGUCUCUUCCAAAGAUGAAGAGAAGUUUCUACGCUGCCAGAGAUCUUUACAAAUAUCGUCGCUACAAAAGGUCCCGGCAGCCCUGUGAGUACCGUAACCUACGCUUCUACCUGAACAAGAUUCCUCUGGUACCUGAUGGUAUUUACAUCGAGGAAAUAUUGACUCAGUGGAGAGGAGACUAUGAUAAACUGGAGCACAAUCACACCUACAUUCAGUGGCUGUUCCCAUUGAGAGAACAAGGGCUGAACUUCUACGCAUAUGAACUGACUCAGGACGAAAUUAAAGAAUUCCAAAGCACUCGUGAAGCCAAGAAAAGAUUCCUGGCGGCCUAUUCCCUGAUGUUGGACUUCUACGGCAUCAAACUGCUGGAUAAGACUGGGAACGUUGCUCGAGCUCCCAACUGGCAGGAGCGCUUCCAGCACCUUAAUGAGUCCCAGCACAACUACCUACGGAUCACACGCAUCCUCAAAUCUCUGGGUGAACUUGGUUAUGAAUCCUUUAAAGCCCCGUUGGUCCGCCUCUUCUUGGAGGAGUCUCUGUACCACAACACCCUCCCCAACAUGACCCACAGCGUCCUGGAAUAUUAUGUGUACACCAUACGCCUCCCAGCCACCCGCCGACGCCUGUUGCGCUACGCCCGCCAGCACUACAGGCCCGCUCACGCCUUCCUCUGGGGUCCGCCAUCUAAACGACGGACCGGUGGUGGUUUCAGUACCGGAGCGGGAAGUAGUGGGAUCAGAGCUCCGGCUCCGACACCGGAGCAACAGCGGAGGGAGGAGAGGAGCACCGCCUUCACCCGAGGUGGGAUUAUUGUGUCUUCCUACGAUGCCAUGAUGUGCCAGGACCUGGUCGGAGCAGGACUGGGUUCUAGUGUGAAUAGACUUGAUGGAGCGCUGAUGUUUGGUAGCGCGAGAGGGUUGAGAAAUGAAUACAAUGAAGUUAUUUCUCUGUAGUCGACAGGAAGAGGAUUUUUAAAAAAUCAGGUUUUAAAAAGUACAUUUCAAGUGGAGAACUCGAACCUUACUGGUCUCUGAACAUGAAAGAGUUCAGGUGAUAGUGUUGAUUGAGUGAGAUUAUUCAAUUUAACUUAAGGGCUUAUGAUAAUCUUUGGUAAUACUUGCAAAAUAUUGAUGUUAAGUGUAUUUUAUGGCAUUAAAACGUUUUUUAAGGAUUUUUAGGUAAGUUUAAGGAGUUAGAAUCUCAAAACUAUGACCACUAGUGGAAACUAAAGCUACAAGACUUAUUAAAAGUUACAUUUUUUGUUUUGCUUGUUGGUCACAUGAUGUUUUUUAGGGCUAAGUAGUCCACUCCACUAAACCCAUAUUUUUUUGGCACUAAUGUUAAUCCAAUAAUCCAAUCUCUCCAAACCCUUCCUGCCGUCAAGUCCAUAUUUAUAGUCAAAGAGACGCAGAAAUGUGAAAGAAAACGUAUUAAACAAUUCUUUCAUUCUGUUUAAGAACACACACGCAUCACUUGCACCAACAGUCCUGCAGGUGGUGCUGUGAGUUCUGUCAUAACAUCGCUCUGAGACCAGUGAAAAAGUAAUAAUUUAUGCAAAGUUGUGCCUGCAAUUUGGUCAAAACAUCUCCACAGAAACAAGUCAACUAUUUCAGAAGGUUGUGAUUUAAUUUUACUUUAAUUUGCUUUGGUUUCUCACAAAGUACGGAUUCCACUCUGACAGGACUCGCUUUUCAAACACUUUGUGUUUUAAUAUUUAUUCAAAUUAUUUUACAUUUUUAGAAAACACGUAGAGUCACUGUUUUCUUUCAGGUUUAUAUUUUUUCCAGAAAAGUUACCAACUUUGGAACUCAUUGGUUUGGGACACACUGGAUCUAAUGAUGCUGUAAAGUACUGUACAGAUUUGAAGAUUUGAAGUUGAAAGAAACCAUGAAGUCUGAAUAUUCAGUGGUAUUUAUCUCAUUUUAGCAUAAUCUGUGAAGUAGAGACAAGGUUAGUUUGUUGUAGCAAUAGUUUUGAGCUUUACUUGAACUAGUUUUGAACAGUUCCAGGACCAUCGUUUAUCUGUUGUGCAUUGUUGGCAGUUCUGUUAGUGAUGACAGUGGCCUCGUGAAGCUGUACAGAACUAAUACUCAAGAUAACAAACAAAACAAAACAAAACAAAAAACACACUGAUUACUGUUCACGUCUUAAACCACACAGGUUUAACCAGAGGUGGAAAAUAACGAAUUGCAUUUACUCUUGUUAUUCUUAUCGAGUACUUUUUUGUGAGUAAAUUUGUCAUUUUUAAGUAGUUUUGGGAAAGGGUAAUUUUACUUUACUAAAGUGCAUUUUGAGUCCAGUAUUUUACUUUUUGCUUCAUUUGAAAAUAGCCCGAGUUAAAAAUUUAUUGCGGAGAAAAACAAUCUGUGUUAACUGAGAUGAAAAUUGCGUGGGCGUGCACGCACGGAUUCCCCACGAUGCUAAUGGAGCUAGAUAACCUUGGCUAAGAGACGGGCAACGUCCUGCCGUUGGAUGAUGGCUGAUAUCGAACAAAAAACUAGAGUCUGAGGGUUGCCAAGCACAGAGCUCCCGUGGAGCAGAGGACUCAGAGAGCGAAGGAACUCUUUGGACAUAUUUCAGCUCUUAGUUUCAAAAGCAAACGAGGCUGUAACUUUAUCUUGCGAUACUAAAUGUGCCCGCCCCGGCGGACGGAGCUGUUCUUCCCGAAACUUCCAC